AUGCAGCAUAAGCCUCUGUGAACGUGCGGAGAAUCCAAAGACCCGGACUGGAGUUUUCUAGCGGUAUUUCGUCUGGCUCGGACAACUCUGGAGAACUUCUGUAAUCAUCAGAGUAGAAGAUGUCGUCUUUAUAUGGCGGGAAAUCCGUGGAUCACAAUCACAAGGCUAAGGAUGCGUUUGUGAGAGUGCGGAAGAGGGAUUUAGAGAAAUUAACAACAGAAGUCAUGCAGCUGAGAGAGUUCCUGCCCCGAGUUCUGAAUGGUGAUCUGACUGAAAUGCUUCACAAAGCCCGGAGAGCAGAGACAAAGAAGGAACACCUGGAGCAGGAACAGAAUCAGCUGAGACAGGACUGCUCACAUCUUCAGUCUCGGCUGGAGGCAGCGCACUCUGAAUGUCAGAAAGAAAGAGAGGAGAAGUUGCUGCUGCGUGAGCAGCUGUGGCAGAGCGGAGCAGAGCUGCAGCAGCAGGCCGACUUCUGCUCCACCCUGGCUUCUGCAGCCUGCAGCCUCCUGUGGAGUGGCUCGUCCAGGGAGGAGACGGUGACUACCUGGCUGGCUGAUGGAAAGCUCCCCUGCUUCCUGACUGUUACUGCUCAGACUCUGGAGAGUUUCGUCAAGUCCAUGGGUGACGAGAUAAAAACUCAACCCGGGGACCACAACUCUCAAGAGCACCAGUUUGUGUUGGCUCUGGUAGGGACAAUCACAAAUAUAGCAGCAGUAACAUGUGGGCGGGACUUCCUGUCCAGCUCAGGACACGUCCUGCUGGACACGCUAAUGAAGCUGCUGCAGCUGAUGAGGCCUUCCAUCUUCCCCAAACUGAAAGUGUUGAUGCUGAUGGCUUUGUAUAAUGUGAGCAUCAGCAUUAAAGGACUGAAGUUCAUCAUUGAGAAUAAAGAUCUCAUUCCACUCAUCUGGACGCUGUUGGAUGAUGAGCAUUGGGAGGUGUGUCUCCACUGCCUGCGCCUACUCCAGUCCGUUCUGCUGGAAGAGGAUGUUGUGCUGCUUCUCGGCUCCUCGUUGCUGGAUCCGGAGCUCCAGGCUCGGGUUGGCCGGCUCACCUCCAGCCUGCAGCCCAGCCUGAAGGCCACAGCUCAGCAAACCCUGGAGGACCUACAGGCCCUCCGAAGUACACAACCCUGCCGUAAAGAUGGAAACCUGUUAAAGAUUUGGCUCUUCUCCGUGUGUUUACAAAGUUGUGUAUGUUUUCCAGGUCCGGUUAGAUAAACCCAGAAGUGUGAACUCUGGAUUCUGCAUCUUCAGUUUGCUUGUUGUCACCCAUUGCUGUCUUUCAGUUAGAUUUGAGCUGACCUGAAGGGUUCUGAAUUGAUUGAUUUUAUACUUCUAAUGCUACACUGUUAAACUGUUUUUCAUUAUUAUUCAUGGUAUGUUUAAUUGACUUAUUAACCAUAAAAAUGAUAGUUACACUUCUCA